CGACCACAUCCCACACCACUAUGCAUCCCUGCCUACAGGUCGCCGAGAUUACGAGCUGUAUCUGCGAGAUGAUACUCGACUACGAUGAUCUCAAACCAGCAUCUCGCGAGGAUAUCAACUCCGUGGCCAGCUUUGCGCGAACAUGUCGCGCAAUCUACGCGCCGGCCAACCAUGCUCUCUGGGGCACAGUCACCCACCUCGCGAUAUUCGUGGUGUGCACCAUGCCGAAGGGGCUGUGGAAACGGUCUCGCGUGAAAGACAACGAGGAAGUUCAAUAUACGCUCAAUCCUGCGCGGAAUAUACGACCUGAAGAUCUCGAUAGGAUACGCUUCUAUGCUCCCUUCAUCCACACGCUUUACAUCGGCCUGAACUGGUCGGUCGAGCUCUCGCCGCGCGGAUACGCGUCGUUCUUCAAGGCUGCUGGACCUGCAUUCUUCCCCAACCUGCGUUCAUUGGCCUGGAAUGCUGAUUAUGUCGACAUGGACUACAUGAAGGACCUCUUGACACCUUCGAUCAGGAACAUGCACUUCUAUACGGACAGCUUGAAAGAGGACCACGUCGCCGUCAUGCGCGAAGUCCGUCAGCAAUGUCCCCAAAUUCAGCGCUUCCGGUAUGCCGCGACGAAAGGGACCGAAUUUGCCUACGAAUGCGCUGAGGAGCUCUUCGACAUCGCCUUCGAAUACGACCUCGUCGCAUACUCAACCGCAUUCCUCAACGAAGCGAAGAUACCCUUCCUAGCAGCUCGGAAAAACCUGCGCAAGUUGUGUGUCGACGUCGAUCUUUUCUGCUUAGGCGCUGCAAUGCCGACCGGUGCACCGCUAUGGAGCUUGCCCCCCAACUCCUUCGGGACGAUCCAGGAGUUGAUAUUGCAUUGCCCUCUGCCAAUAGCGACGGUCAUGGAUCUACUGACAAAGGCGACCUUCACCGAUCUGCGCGCCCUCACAUUGCGUCCAUACCCGCUGCAACCGCAAGAAUUCGUCAACAUCAUCAUGGCUGUACCCACCGCCAUCGAACACGCUGAACUCCUCGAGCGCCUCGACAUCUUCGAAGGCUCAACUAGUUCAUGGCAGGAUGUUCUCGAGGCCACCCUUCACGAGAAGGUGCUCAAGCCGCUGUUCAGGUUCACGUCCCUCACGCACCUCGUCAUGUGCGGCGCGGCCGGCAUCGACCUCACCGAGCGCGGGAUCCAGCGCAUGGCGAAAGCGUGGCCCAACCUCCGCACGCUCUACAUCUACGCGCGGACGAGGCCGUACCACGACGUCCAUCUCCGCCUGCGCCAUCUGCACCACCUUGCCAUCGGGUGCCCGAAGCUCGAGCGCCUGGCGCUGCUCGUCAACGCGGAAGAGGAACCCAUACUGUCGGAGGACAUUCCGACGCCCGACUUCGUGCACCCGCUGAAGCAUCUGGGCGUCUCUGUCGCGCCGAUCGACCAGGCGGACGUUGUUGCGCAAAUCAUACGGAUGCUUUUCCCGCAGUUGGAGUCACUGUCGUGGAGGGGCUCGUCGCGUAACGAGAAGUGGAAUCAGCGGUGGGAGAACGUGGUGUACGACCUGGAUAUUGAGCAGGUACAGAAGAAAAAGUGGGCAGAAUAUCUGGACUUAUAGACGCUCGUCAUGUACUCUAGAAGCGUGGGUUGUGUGUACAUACCUGUCUGCUAGAGCUACAAUUUUCGCGGAUACACGGUCAUAGACAAGUUUUGCCCUCA